AUGCAUCUGAGCUACAUCAUCGCUGUCCUGGCCUCCGUCAGCACUACAGUCCAAGCGAUCUCCGAGUCACAGCAGCUCGAGCCGUUGGCUGUCGUCACUUUAAACGCAGCACAAUCGGUCGAAAGUACCGCUUCCGACCCUCGCGUCAGCAAGAGGUCAUUACGCGUGCAAAAGCAAGAGGAGGACAAGCCAGACGGCGAGUUUAGCAACGCCGACUUUGCGUCAACGGAGGAGAACAGAGAUCUAGCUGCCGUGUGGUCAUUUGUCGGGACACGUUUUGGAGGGUAUUUACCAUCGAGUGUUGGCGGAGUAAAGACUGCGGUCCAGCCGCAGACCGUAGCGAUGUCGAGCAAACUAAAUCGGAUACCUGAGGCGCUCGUUGCGGAGCCUCAAUCCCUACAGCACAUUAUCAAAAAAGCACCUGAACUAGAUCUGGUCAACCCGCAGCAGGCUCGAGGCCAGCAGCAGUCUAUGAAGGAGACGAUCAAGGUGCCGAAGGACGCACUCCAGCUGUCGACGGAUCGGGAUGCUUUGCUCAAGCCCUACACCAACCUUGUCACGGAGUAUUCCGAAAACUUCCGCAGGGAAGGUUGGACGGCGGCGCAGUUUCAGCGCGUCUGGGAACAAGACUUCCAGAAAACUCGCGCGCUUAUUGAUCCCGACGUCCUCUACUCGUUGCUGUAUCGGGGACGGAUGCUCGACGACCUUGAGGGCAUUGAUGCUCCCGUUGUGGAAAGGAUUUUCAAAGACAGACUGAACAAAAUCGUCAACGAUCCGAUCGCUCUAAAAAAGUUUGGGCGAGUCAUGCAAGAAACGGAGGAUUUAAACGAGGCUUCAUUGAACACUCGACGCGUGUCGGGUAAGCCCAGUCGGGAAAAAGAUGCUGUCAAUUUCCUGAUCGAUUUUCGUGGUGCUUUCAACCGGGCUUUAUUGCUGCACGGCGACAGGUUGGCGCAGGCGGUGAAGCAGAAGUGGAGCCUGACGCGCACGAAGAAAGCUCUGGGAAUUACCGACGAUACACCUUUGGACGACGUAGCAUACACGGAGCUAAGGAAUAUCAUUGCGGCUCGCCUUGUCGAAGACAAGGUCAAGAAUGGCGGAACCUCCGCUGUUAAAAAUGAAGCAGCUGAGGUGGUAGAAGCACUUAUACAACACCCGCUUGCCAGAAUGUAUCUUUCGCAUGCUUUGGAGAAAGAACCGUCGGAGGUCUUUAAGACUCUGCUGGGCGCGGAGAAGCCGGGUCUUGACCUGAAGGAUCUGGAAGAAGUUCUACAUUCCUCGGUGGUCCUGAAGCGGUUUCGCGACUUAGAUCUAGAUAUGUGA